AUGGCGUCGACAAGUGGCGCAUCGGUCUCUGGCGGAAGCGCUGCUCAGCACAUUGACGUUGAUGAUGUCGAACACGGCGUCGGCUCGGGAAUCAGCACGAUUGCUACGGAAGUUGUGGACGACGAAAUGGCUGGAGACGCUACCUCCGCCGCUCAAGGCACGCAGACACCACUCAGCACCAACACAGAAGAGCCACAGGACGAGUCAGAUAUGGCCGCAUCCUUCUAUCAGAGCACCAGCACCGGCAGCCAUAAACGUCAGAGCGUCUCCAAGCCGGCGAAUUCCCAUCCAAUCGUGGUUCAUGAUCAAGACGAGGACGAUCUGAUGGAGCCAGACUUGCCCGGUCGGGAAGAGAGGGUAGGUGCAUUUGCCGGUCAGAAUCACGCUGCGGUCUUGCUCGCCACAGCCUUCUUCUCACCUCAACACAGCAUGACUGACGAACGUUUCGAUGUGCGCACAGCUACUCGACGAGAAGAUCAGGGCUCGCUAUAUUCAAGCGUGAUUGUGAUGAUGCGUGUGAUGGUGGUAGUGAUGCGGAUGAUGCGCGUGAUGGUGACUGUGAUGCGAGUCAUGCACCGAGCCAGAUUCGUCGGGUCGGAUUGA